AUGGAUGAUCUGCCGGACCUUGUUAAGGUUGAAAUCCUUUGUCGACUUCCUUGCAAAUACGUCGUUCGAUGCAAAUGUUUGUCCAAGCAUUGGCUUACUCUCAUCUCCGACUCGGACCCCUAUUUUGUUAGCCGAUUUCAAUGUCUCCUAGGACCUGAACGAACCCUACUGUUCUCUCCAACACCAAAAGAUCGGUUUACCAUGAAUGAGCUUUCAGGGCUCAAAACACUCGGGUCAUUUAGGCCGAGUUUCCAACCUAAUGAUCAUCAAUCCAAUUUAAAGCCAAUUGUGGUAGCAACAUGUAAUGACUUGGUUCUGUGCUGCAAAACCCCGAUUUGUAUUCGACGUGAGUACUUUAUCUGCAAUCCUUACACCAGACAAUUUGUUUCUCUUCCAAUCGCACCUCCAUCCACCCCUGGUGUAUCUGUGGGAUUCAUUAAUUGCGACAGCGAUCAUAAAAAGGAACAAACUACUGGUGGUAAUAGUAACAUCACUGGAUACAAAGUUGUGCAAAUUCCUUAUUUCGGAUAUGAUACUGCAGCCUUCCAAUUCAAGGUGGACAUAUUUUCUUUCAAGACCGGUGAGUGGAGAGACUAUCUAGUAUCAUGCCAACUAUUUCGUUUUCAAGUGUCGAAUCGUCUAGUAUCAAGCCAACUAGGGUCUCGUUUUCAAGUGUUGAAUCGUGCAGGCAUAGCUUACAAUGGAGUGUUGUAUUGGUCGGGUCCUAAUGGCUUUCUUAUCGGGAUAGAUCCAUUUAACCCUAAAGAAACUACCGGUUCUAGAAGUAGUGGUGAUAUUAUUGAACAUAAAUAUGGUUAUUUCAUUGGAUUUAAUGAGCAUUUGGAACCAUGCAUAGAUUUAUUGGACCAGCUAGAUGUGAGCCAUGGAUCAUGUCUUCGACCAUGCCAGUUAUAUAGAAAACAAUGUAUACUCCGUGUUUGGGAGUUGAAAGAAGUACAAGAAGAGCAGUUAGUCAACCAAGGAAAUUCCAAGUGGUGUUUAACAUACAAGGUUUCCUUGGAACAAAUAGUUUGGCAAGAUCAAAAGAUUGAUCUGCACUGCAAGGGCUCUAAGUUGCUAGCUUUGGACCCAAAUAAUGAUGAUGUCUUGUAUUUGAAACUGGAUGGACAGAUUGUCAUUUGCAACAUCCGGACAUCAGAAUUGAAGAUAGCUAAACUGCUUAUAAUUAACUACAGUCCUUGGCCUUAUAACGGUGUCUUCCCAUUUGUUUUCCCCUCGUGGCCGACACCAGUUCCUAAACUUCCACCACAAAAGGAAUAG